AUGGAUAAGCUGCGGUUCUCAACGGGCUCACCCAUCGCACGACGUCGCUUUUGCAAAAAGUGGAGACAGUGUUGGAUGCAUUCUCGACCUAUAUCGCGAUUCAAAAUUCUCGGAAGUGAAAGAACCCAAAGUUCAAGGGUUAAUCAGGUUGUCGCCAAUCAGCCAGAGUUUGCUGCUGCCUUCAAAUGCGCGAUUGGUACUCCGAUGAAUCCUACUAAACGUUGUGCUGUUUGGUAA